GAGAGGUCGUUACAGUUGAUUGCACGUUGCAUCCUACAACGUGUGUCCAAAUAAAACCUUAUUAUGGCUCGAACAGAAGAUCAGAGAUUCACAGUCAGUGAGAGCAUGACCAUAGGAUUUAUAGGGGCUGGCCGAAUGGCACAGGCCAUGAGUCGUGGCUUUAUAUCCAAAGGUAUACUAAAACCUCACAAAAUAAUAGCCAGUGAUGCAGUUCCUCAAAUGUUAGAUUGUAUCAGGGAACAAGGAGUAAGAACGACCAGAAGUAACCUGGAGAUUGUAGAAAACAGUGACCUGGUCAUCAUAGCAGUCAAACCUCACAUCGUAACCCCGGUAUUACAGGAAGUGUCGUGUAAAGUCACAAGAGAAAAACUCUUCCUCUCAAUAGCAGCGGGGGUCACACUAGAAACAUUAGAAAGGAAUCUUCCAUCCCAGACUAGAGUUGUAAGAGCUAUGCCAAACACUCCAGCCCUUGUCCAGAGUGGGGCCACAGUUAUUGCUCCAGGGUCCUCUGUCCUCCCUGGGGACAAGGAACUUAUUCAGGGACUGUUCAGAACCAUUGGAAUUUGUGAGGCUGGAUCUGAGAGUCAGCUGGAUGCAGUCACAGGACUUAGUGGGAGUGGACCCGCCUAUGGAUUUUUGGCAAUAGAAUCUCUUGCAGAUGGUGGAGUCAAGAUGGGACUCCCCCGAGACCUAGCACAAAAAUUGGCAGCUCAAACAUUACUGGGUGCAGCUAAAAUGGUGCUGGAAUCAGGGAAGCAUCCAGGACAACUCAAGGAUGAAGUCUGUUCACCAGGGGGCACCACGAUAGCAGCGAUACACAGACUAGAGGAAAAGGGUUUCCGCUCCGCAUUAAUUAGUGCUGUGGAAACAGCCACAAACAAAGCUAAAGAAAUGGGAGCUAUAGAAAGUCAGAAACAGCAAGAGACUGUGUUAUUAAGGGAACCAUCAAGUGAACAAACUAGCAACGUUCAGCAAGCUAGCUCAUCUCAGUAAUAGUGUGAUCUCAACUAAUAGUCCUCUCCAAUCUGUUUCAUGUCCUCGCACAGGAAUAUUAAGUCUGGGAGAAUGCUGCAUGUAAUGUAGGCAAGAUAACAAAGGAUGCUUGUGUGUUAAUGGUCCAGUUAGAGAAUUAUUUUGAGCAUGUGGAAAAACUAUUGAUAACAUGAAGAUUGAUAGGUGAUGUCUAUUUGCCAUAUUGCAUAAUACUACUUAAUUAUUAUACACUUGAUUAAUGCCCCUGCAGAAAAAAGGAAAUAUUAUGACUAUGCUUUUUUUCCCACGGGUAUUUUUAUGAAUUUUCUAGUAAUACAUGAUUUAUCCUAGAAUGGUGUGUCUUUAUAAUUAAAAUAUUGCCAUGAUUACUGACAGUUGGAAACACAGCUAGGUAACUUUGUUAAGUUUUUCACAUUUAGUAAAAGAUCUGGGCCUUUCAAGGUACAAAUCUGCAAUCCGUGUCUUCAGUUUGUUAUAGAUAGAUCAUAAUUAGCAACACAUGUUCACCGUGUGAUUAUUAUUUAAAAAAGAUUUUAAUAUUGUAUUGAUGGUUGUGAAUUCUUUCAGAUAAAUUUCAUUGUCUCUUGAUCAUCAAAUAAGUUGCCAUAUAUACAUUUACCUGCUUUUAGCACUUAAUUAAUUUAUGAUGUGGACUACACAAGAAAAAUCUAUUUACAAAUGAAAUAAAGUAAAAUUUCUUUGUGCAUUAU